AUGCACUAUCGCGAUAUUCUUUAUAGCGUGUACAAUUCCAUUUUACGAUUGCAAUUUUGGAAAUGGUAUGCUGAGUUCUUCCCUAUUAGCUUAAUAAAGCAAGCAGAUUUGGAUCCAAAAAAGAAUUAUGUUUUUGGAUAUCAUCCACAUGGUAUCAUUUCUGUUGGUGCAUGGACAAAUUUUUGCACCGAAGCAAACAAUAUAUCCGAAGUAUUUCCAGGAGUGACAAUCCACAUGCUAAUGCUCACUGCCAACUUUAAUCUUCCACUCUACCGGGAUUUUUUUAUGGCCCAUGGCCUUUGUUCGGUCUCUCGUCAAUCAUGUGAGAACAUUUUAAGUAAAGGGCCAGGAAACUCGAUUUUGAUUGUUGUUGGUGGAGCGGGUGAGAGCUUGAGUGCUCGACCUGGAGUCUAUAAUUUGAUUUUGAAGAGAAGAUUAGGUUUUAUAAAGUUGGCCAUGAACAGAGGAGCGGAUCUCGUGCCGGUAUUCUCCUUUGGCGAGAAUGACAUUUGGGAUCAAGUAAAUAAUGAAUCGAAUGGUCGUCUUUACAAGUUUCAGAAAAGAAUACAGAAAGCUGCUGGUGUCACUAUUCCAUUGUUUCAUGGACGUGGACUUUUUAAUUAUGAAUGGGGCUUGAUGCCGCAUCGAAGACAAAUCGUAACUGUUGUCGGAAAGCCAAUUCCCGUCAAACAAAAUGCCAAUCCAACUGAAGAAGAAAUAUUCGAGCUGCAAAAACAGUACAUUAAUGGACUAUACGAGAUUUGGAAUCAGUAUAAAGAUGUGUAUGCGAAGAAUCGGGUGAACGAGUUGACACUUGUUGAAUAA